AAGAUUGGGUCCAGACUGAGCUUUUGGGGAUGUUGAAUAGAAAACAAGAGACACAAAACAAGCAAGAAGAGAUGGAGGAGAGAGGACACUGGGGCAGUAAGGUGGAGUUUCUCCUGGCUGUGGCGGGAAAUGUUGUCGGACUGGGCAACGUGUGGAGGUUUCCUUACCUCUGCUACAAAAACGGAGGGGGUGCAUUCCUGGUGCCGUAUCUGGUAUUUGUGGUGACCUGUGGCAUACCUCUAUUCCUGCUGGAGACCACCAUAGGCCAGUACACCCAGGAGGGCGGUAUCACCUGCUGGAGGAAGCUGUGCCCGCUGGCAGAGGGUAUUGGCUAUGGUGGGCAGCUGAUCCUCUUCUACAGCUGUAUGACCUACAUUAUUAUCCUGUCCUGGGCUUUGCUCUACCUGGUGUUCUCCUUCAGCUCCCAGCUGCCCUGGUCCAGCUGCGACAACUACUGGAACACAGAUGACUGUGUAGACUUUUCAACAAGAAAUAACACCGUCCAAUGGACCAACCAGACUAAUUCAACCUCUGCUGCGACUGAAUUCUGGGAACGACGAGUGCUCGCUAUUUCAGCGGGGAUUGAGGAGAUAGGCAGCAUCAGGUGGGAGGUGCUGUUGUGUCUUAUUGUCAUGUGGAUCAUCUGCUACUUUUGCAUCUGGAAAGGGGUCAAAUCUACAGGAAAGGUGGUUUAUUUCACUGCUACCUUUCCCUAUUUGAUGUUGUUAAUUCUUUUGAUCCGUGGCCUCUCUCUUCCUGGUGCUCUGCAAGGAGUGCUGUUUUAUCUCCUGCCUGAACCUUCACGACUCACAGAUCCACAGGUGUGGAUGGAGGCUGGGGCUCAGAUCUUCUUCUCAUACAGUGUGGGUGUGGGCUCCUUAACUGUGCUAGGCAGCUACAACACUUAUAACAACAACUGCUAUAAAGACUGUCUGUGGCUGUGUUUGCUGAACAGUGGCACCAGUGUGGUAGCUGGAUUUGCAGUCUUCUCGGUGCUGGGGUUCAUGGCUCAUGAGCAGGGCGUUCCCAUUGCAGAAGUGGCUGAGUCAGGUCCAGGCCUGGCAUUCAUUGCAUACCCUCAGGCUGUAGCCAUGAUGCCUGUGCCUCAACUGUGGUCCAUCUGUUUCUUUGUCAUGCUCAUUCUCCUGGGUCUGGACACACAAUUUGUCGCUAUGGAGGUGGUGAUGACGUCUAUCAUAGAUAUGUUUCCUACUGUAAUGCGCAGAGCAGGCCAACGGGAGCGCUUCCUCCUCCUCUUCUGCCUCACAUGCUUCUGUUCUCAGGUUGUCAUGAUCACUGAGGGAGGGAUGUAUGUGUUCCAGAUGUUUGACUACUACGCUUGUAACGGAGCCUGCAUCCUCUUUCUCUGUGUGUUUGAAACCCUGGCACUAGGAUGGGUAUUUGGGAUCGAGCGGUUGUAUGACAUCAUAAAGGACAUGACAGGUGUGCGUGCCAACCCAUUCUUCAAAAUCUGCUGGCUCUACCUCACACCACUGGUCUCCCUGGGCUCUUUUAUAUGUUCUUUAGUGGAGUACCAGCCUCUAACGUUCAAUCGCUGGUAUGUGUACCCAGCCUGGGCAUAUGUGUUGGGCUGGGUAAUGGCCCUGUCCUCCAUCCUGCUUGUGCCAGGUUGGGCAUUAUAUAAGCUGGGAACUGGAACUGGAACCCUCAGUCAGCGUUUCCAUCGUCUUUGUCGACCUGACCUGGACUACUCACUGACCCAAAAGAAAGAGGCUGAGCUGCAGCGCGUCGGAGGGGAAGCCCUUCAACAGUUCACUGAUUGAUAUGAAAGGCAAGUCUAGAAUCCAGAGGUCAAAGAUGAGCAAGACUUCCUCCUUUCAGUGUCCAACACUGGAUGAAAAAGAACCAACUAUAUGUUUCACAUAAAAGCCCCCAUUUCGUAAAUUGAUAUUUUUCCAGAAAAGAUGUGAUAGAAUCUCUAGAUGAAAGGUUUGAAAUAAAGAUAAAGAAAAAACUGAAAAGAAUAGUUAACUUAAUCAAUAAACAUAACAAAAUUCACAGCCUCUGAAGCGAAAGUCUAAUGUGAUCCAUUUCUUACAUGUGGUCUUUGUUGCUCCUUAUACUUUCUCAACCGACUUCCUUAAGUGUUUCUGAUUAAAAUACAUUUCUUGGUAAACAGCAAUGUUACGUAACUUGCUAACACACAUUAUAUGUACUGUGUUUUGGAUGGAGAAAUUUAACAACAACUAGACGGAAACAUGAAUGCUUUUAGUCCAAUUUGGGUUACUGGUUAGUGGUGCACUUCAGCCUCUUGCGGCCGAAAUCAGUAUUACAAAAGCAAACAAUUACAAAAUUCUUUUUUUU